GGCGGACCGAGUGGAAGUCACAGCGGAUACACCGACACACUCACAGCUGCAUGGCUUACGUUUGACCCGUGGUUUCAGAGCACAAGUUUACCUUUUUGAACUCGGACAGCAGACUGAAAACACGGUUUGGAUCAGCUCAUCGCGCGGUGUUUGUCGGUCGGUGUCCGGUUUCCUGACGGGGAGGGAUUGCGAUGCCCUCUGACUUUACGUCGCUCUUCAGCGGGGAACUCGACCUGUACUCUCCCACGCCUUCGUCCUGCUCUACAGAGGUGUUGUGUGGUCCUCUUCCUGGACAGUGGCAGUUGCAAAGCCCCAGUCAACAGAAGCUCAAAGUUAUGAGUCAAAAGAGUGGUGGAGUGGCAAGUUCACCUCCUUCUGAAGCCCUACCGACAGAUAUUAUGUCCUCCAUGACCACCGAAGGCAACUGCAGUGGCCUCACCACAUCGAGCAGGUUAUCCAUGCAUCCAGGUAGUGACCAGGCAGCAGCAUACAACAGCAAUGUUGAGCCAGAGGAAGACAGGAGUGGAAGGCCUCUUACUGAAGGAAUCGGGCUUGAGAGCAUCAAUGUUAACAUCAGCAGUGGCGCUAACUGCAGGGCAGGCAGUGACGUAGGAGUUACAUCCCAGGACAUGCACCAGAUAAGCCCCACAAAACGCAGAACGGUGCUCAACAUCUCUCCACCUCCUCAAGAUCUGUUAGAUAAUAGUCGCAUGUCAUGUCAAGAUGAAACAUUUGGAGAUUCAGAGCAGAGCAACAGCAUCUGGAUGGAGGAUUCUCUUUCAAACUUCAGCAUGAUGAGUACAGCCUCCUACAAUGAUAACACAGAAGUGCCUCGAAAGUCUCGCAAACGUACCCCCCGUCAAAGGCCCGGUCCUAAGUCUAAACAGGGCUCUAAUCGGGACGUGUUUGAUGCAGACAGUGCUAAAGGUCCACACUUUGUCCUCUCGCAACUUGGUUCUGACAAAUCUGGACCAAAAGGAAGUUCUGAAGAUGGCACUCAAACAUCUAAUCCAAAAGGAGGAACUCUUUCACUGCAGUACCCAGCAAAGAGUGAAGGGAAGGAGCUGAAGAUCCUCGUCCAGCCAGAGACCCAGCAUCGGGCUCGCUACCUGACUGAAGGCAGCAGAGGCUCAGUGAAAGACCGGACUCAACAGGGCUUCCCCACUGUAAAGCUGGAAGGAGUGACCGACCCUGUGGUUCUACAAGUUUUUGUGGCUAAUGAUUCAGGACGAGUGAAGCCUCAUGGAUUUUAUCAGGCAUGUCGUGUAACUGGACGCAAUACCACUGCUUGCACCGAAGUGGACAUUGGGGGCACAACUGUCAUUGAAGUACCUCUAGAUCCUAGUACCAGCAUGACGUUGGCUGUGGACUGUGUUGGAAUUCUUAAGCUGCGUAAUGCUGAUGUGGAAGCUCGUAUUGGUGUGGCAGGGUCUAAAAAAAAGAGCACCCGUGCUCGACUGGUGUUUCGUGUCAACAUCCCUCGUCCUGAUGGAUCAAUGCUGACACUUCAGACUCCGUCAUCACCUAUACUGUGUACUCAGCCUGCUGGACUUCCUGAAAUCCUCAAAAAAUCUUUGCACAGUUGUUCUGUACAAGGUGGAGAAGAGAUCUUCAUUAUUGGAAAGAACUUUCUAAAAGACACUAAAGUCAUAUUUCAUGAGAAUGUUUCUGAUGAAACUUCAUGGAAGGCAGAAGCUGAAAUUGACAUGGAACUGUUUCAUCAGAACCACUUGGUAGUAAAGGUCCCUCCAUACCAGACCCAGUCGAUCACCUGUACAGUUUGUGUGGGUAUUUAUGUGGUGACCAAUGCUGGGAGAUCUAAUGAUAUCCAGCCAUUCACAUACACUCCCGAUUCAGGGAAAACAGAUGUUUCUGUUAAAAAGGAGACGGUUUCUCCAACCAAGGAAUGCUCUUUUGAUAAUCAAAAUGAACCUGCCUUAGUAGCGUCUAUGUUACCUUUGGUAAAGACUGAAGAGGUUACUCCAAUGGAGGUUACCAGUAACUUGCAAAAUGCUGGAAUGUUCAAGCAGAAUGGUCUUUGUUCACAACCAAAUGCAAAUAUCACUUCUGGUGCUCUAAAUAAGAACAGACCCUACUCCAGUAGUCUUCAGCAGACAACAGGGGACCCGGAUCAAGGCCAGACUUUCACCAACACUGAGCAAUUAAGCACCAUUCAAAAACAGGAUAUCGCCCCACCCAGCUUUUCUGUGCCUUCUGGAGACUCUCUGGUUCAACAGCAGUUCCUCCUGAAGCCUAGGGAGAGUGUAAGGCAAGACCAGUCUAGCAGUGGCCCCGCAGGAGUGGGUAGGCUCUGUGGGGAUGCCACCCCUCAGCCACCACAAAUGGCUGUCUUCCCUUCAGAUGAAGUGGCCCAGUUAGAAGAGGCUGUAAGACAGCUUAAAGCCAAAGGUUAUUGCAGGAUAUCGCAACCCGACAACUCACUGUCUAAACAGCAGCAUAUACAACACCAGCAACAACUCCAAAAUCAACAAAUUCAGCAACUACAACAGCAGCAGGUUUUAGAUAGUAUCCAGCAGCAGCUGUUUCAGUCCCAGAUCCAGAUGCAGUGUGUGUUUCAGGAUGCGGGGCAGGGGAAAAAUGAGCAGCAAGGCUCCCCACAAGUUGCUCCAAACCAGCCCUCUCUUUUUCAACAGGGGCCACAGCAGCAGGUGCCCAUGUUCCAAAGCAAUGAGCUUCUGCCUAUUCAGACAAACUUUCUGCAGCAGUCUUCCUCCCAUCCUUCACCACCCAUGUUUCAUAGUUCAUCUGCAUUGACUGAAACUUCUACACCACAGGGGACACUGUUUCAAAAGUCCUCUCAAGAGCAGGUCCAGGCAACACUCUUCCAAAACUCCAUGUCGGUCCUGCAGUCUCCAGAGCAACAGCCCUCCACCUCAACCCUCUUCCUCCCACAGACCUCCCUUUCCUCUCAACUCACAGCUAACAGCCCUCAGCAGCAGCAGCAGAUGGCCUUCCUCAAUACUCUUCAAACCCCAAACCCUGAACCACCAGUAUAUCAGGCUCAGACACAGCUCUCACCCAUUCAACAGAGAAGUCCCAUGGAGCAGCAGCCUCCUCCACCAUCACAGCCACACUCACAAUCAGCACAGCAAGCUACCCUGUUUCAGAAUAUCCCAGCGCACCCCUCUGCAAAUCCACUGACAGCAAACCCACAGCAACAGCCACAGCAGCCAGGCCUUUUAUUUUGCAACAACCCCAUGUCUACCCAGGACCAGGCAUCCAGCUUGCUGUUCAGUGGUCAGACCCAGAUUAAUGUGACACAGACAGACCGUUCUGAGCCCAUGGCUUUAGGGAACCCCUCUGACCCACGGCAGCAGAUUAUCUUUCAGGAGCAGCAGCCGAUGCAGCUGGGCAACACAGCAGGCACUCGACAAGAGUCGUCUGUGGGCCUUUUCAUGCCUCCAUCAAACAUGACAUCUCUACAGCAGGAUCUGGAGAUUGCACAGUCAUCGCUGUUCACAGCACAAAAUAGUGUAGCAACCCUUCAGACAACCACCAAUUCUCCUGUUCAACAACCAGGAGCAUUAUUCCAAACUGCAGUCAGCGGCAACAUCAAUCAGCCAAACCAGACACAACAGCCUGGACUCUUCAUGUUUGGGAUUCAGAAUGAAUGUGGUCAACUAAUAAAUCCAGCUGGAAACACUGUGUCAGAUCAGAUCAUUGCCAUAAGCCAGUCUGGUCAAAACCAGAGGGAGAGUGAGGCUCGGAUCCAGUCCCUGUUGAGCCAGAGCGCCUCUGUCCAGAACAGAAUGACUGCCUCUCAGAACAUGGAGAAGAUGGACGAGCUGCUGGUUAGCUUACAGGAUUCUGCAAACAGCUUAACACGUUCAUUCUAACUGCUACAUCAGUAGCAUUUUGUUCCCAAAAUGACAAAUACGGAUUUUGUUAUUAAUUAGUCCUAUUAAACCUGGGAAGACUCUUAUGAGAAGAAUUUGAAGCACAGCAAGGAGUAAGGUUUCUCUAAAAAUGUUUGACUGAAUUGGAGCCCCUGUAUUCUCAAUAUCCUUAAUACAAUGUAACUUUGUGACAGGAUAAUCUGUUUUUCCUUAUUAGUCAUGUUCACGUGUGCUCCCCAGUUUCCCUUUAUUCUGUGCAAACUAGAAAUGUGGGGUGAAUGCAUAACAAAACUCAGUAUUUUUGUCAUUGAAUGAACAUUUACUUCUUUUUGUCUUCAUAUGGCACUUUGUAAUAUCACAAACAAGUUACUAGAUUUGGGCUCAAUCUGUUUCAAAGAAGACACUAUUCACACUGAAGUUUUAAUUUAGUCACCAGCACUUUAAGUUAUGUGACAACUAUCUGCUACAGCACAAAGGGGAUUUCAUUGUCUUUCCAUUGAUAAGCCCCAAAAUAUGAUCACAUAAAAACAAGAGGAGCAUGGCAGACUAUAUUUUACAGGUAAUGCGCAACAGCUUAGUUAAUGUGGAAAUCAUAGCACCAUAACACUCCGCAUAUAUAAUAUUUUUGCAUUAACACCAUUAUUGUAAAACGUAGAGGAAAUAUUUUCACUUUUAUGUUGUCAAGCAACAUCCACCACAUCUAUACUAAAGUGGCAUAAGUGUUUAGUUGAUAGCAUAUUCACCACGUUUAGUGGAGAUAGUAAAUGAAUGUUGGCUCUGUUAAUGUAAUUAUAUGUGAAUUGUUUGAUAUUACAUCUGAUUGUCAGCAGUUUGUGACUAACAAAUGACUAAAUAACACAUGGUUUUAAAAUCAGCACAUUGCUGAUGGUUUGCCAGUUUUAUGGCUUAUAUAACAAUUUUCCAUUUUCCACCCUUUGCCUUUACAUCCUGUUUAAUCGAGUGCUGUUUGACUGGACACGAUUGCAGGGACUAAGGGCUGGUCUCAUAAUAACACUUAGAAGUAUUUGCUUAUAACAUGUUACACAGUGAAAUACAGAAAAUUAGAACUGGCUUUUUUGGUCUUUGUCACAGUUUCUCAGAGACAACUUUAAGGUACCUUAUUCUUAAAGGAAGCCUUAGAAAAGGGCUUAUUGGGAAUUUACCAAUGAUGGAUUGAAUGUGUCCAGUGUUUUAAAAUGUUAUUGUACAUUUUUGAUCUAAACCUUUUUACUUUAUAUUGUUUUUGUGUUUUUUGUUGAAGUCUAAUUUAUUUGUGCAAAACGUUUCCAUUAAUAAUUUUAUUAUAAUGAAUUAAUUUAUAAAAUCUUUAAUUGGCUAUAAUUAUCUUCAAUAUGUCUUAAAGGAAAUAUGACAGGCCUACAGUAUUUUAAUUCCAUGAAUAUUAUAUGUAAUUGUUAUUAUGUUGCUGAAUGAUAUUUGCUAUUUCUUUGACCAAAGUGGUAAUUAUUAUAAACAAAAAUUAUAUACCUUUACAUAAAUUUGAUUUACAGUAUCUUGGUGAUUACUAUGUGAUAGGAUUUUUUUUUUUUUUUUUUACUCUUUUCACACAAUGACAACAGCAUAAUGUACCUUAAUCAGAUGCAUGCUUUGACAAAGCCUUACAGUACAUUAAGAAAGAAUUGGUUAGCAGAACUUUGCAAGCCUUACAUUACUGCGCCGUUUUCAUUAGAGGAUUACAGCUCUUAAUGACACUUAAUGACAUUAAUGACACUUAAUGUUUUUAUGUUGUAAGUGUGUUUUAGUUGCUCUAUUAAACAUUAGCCUACUACAUCAU